AUGGCGCCCCGGGAAAAUUCCCACGAGCCGUCAGGCACCCCCGCGCCGGUGGAAACGGGCUUUGCCACCCUUGCGCAGCUGAGAGUCGGCGUCAAGGCCUGGGUCGAAAAGGUACGUGGAACAGCGCGCAGCUCUGAUGGCGAGAAACGCAAAGCAGAAAUUCUCUCCAUACAGACACGCCAGGGCCGUCCCAAGUUCUAUGUGCAUUACGAAGAAUUCAACAAGCGUCUGGACGAAUGGAUCGAGGCAGAGCGCAUCGAUCUGUCUCGAGAAGUCGAAUGGCCUGCCCCCGAGAAAGCCGACAAAAAGAAGGGCACCGCCGCUAAGAACGAGAAGGCGCCCUCAAAGUCUGACCAAAAGAACCUCAAGCGCUCACGCAGCAAGCUGGACCGUGAAAUUUCCGGGACCCCAGAAUCAACCUCUAGCAACUUGCCCGGCAAGGCUCCAAGGCCGUCCAAGGCAGGCGGCAAGGAAAACCAAGAAGUGCUCGUCACCAGCGAAGUCACAGAUGGCACCCCAAAGCCCGAGGACGACGAGAUGGACCUGGUGGACGUGCAAGACGCUGCCGCUGCCGCCAAAGCCAUGCCUCCCCAGGACUUUUCGAGAGAGGACGAGAUUGAAAAGCUGCGCACAUCUGGAUCCAUGACCCAGAACCAGACUGAGAUUUCACGAGUGCGAAACUUGGAGAAGAUUCAGAUGGGAAGAUACGAGGUCGAACCUUGGUAUUUCUCACCAUACCCCAUCGACUUUGUAGACUCCGAUGUCGUCUACAUCUGCGAGUUUUGCCUGUCCUACUUUGGUGAAGUCACGCAGUUUGAGCGCCACCGCACAAAGUGUAACCUGCUCCACCCACCAGGCAACGAGAUAUACCGCGACGACUACGUAUCCUUUUUUGAGAUUGACGGGCGGCGACAGCGAACCUGGUGUCGCAACCUCUGCUUACUUUCCAAAUUGUUUCUCGACCAUAAGACGCUCUACUAUGACGUUGAUCCCUUUCUCUUCUACUGCAUGUGCACGCGCGAUGAACACGGCUGCCACUUUGUGGGCUAUUUCUCCAAAGAAAAAGAGUCGGCGGAAGGCUACAACGUCGCCUGUAUUCUGACGUUACCCCAGUACCAAAGAAAGGGAUUUGGUAAGCUGCUCAUCGAUUUCUCGUACCUUUUGUCCAAGCGCGAGGGCAAGCUCGGGUCACCGGAAAAGCCUCUGUCUGAUCUGGGUCUUCUCGGUUACCGUGCAUACUGGCAAGAGAUUCUUGUCGAUAUCCUUAUGGAGCCUGGUCGUGCAGAGGCAAACAUUGAGGAUCUAGGCGCUGCAACAGCAAUGACGACCAACGACGUCCUUCACACUCUGCAGAACCUCAAUAUGCUGCGGUACAGCAAGAACCAACACGUCAUCGUCCUUACAGAUGCAGUCAUUGCACAACGGGAGCGGCAAAAGGCGAAGGAGAAGCUAAAGGGAAAGAGGAGCAUUGACCCUGAUCGUUUGAUCUGGAAGCCGCCUGUCUUUUCAGCAGCGAGUCGGACAUGGAAUUGGUAG